AGUUCGGACCACUCGUACUGUUCACGGAACUCUCCUGGUGACUUUUUUGCACCUCUUCUUGCACCUUCUGUGCUUGUUUCUCGGGCAUGUCGCCCCCUUCCGCAGCCCCGGCAUCCGCGGAACACCGCCGUUCCGCAUCUUUGCCGCCGUCUUCUGCUUUGCACACGCAAUCGCUGCAAUCGUCGUCUCCGUCUCCGUCUUCUGCCAACAUUAACGGCAACCACAACCGCAACCACAACAGCAACAGCAACGUCAAGACCACACCCAAGGCGUUUCCGAGACGAAGAAACGGCCCCGCCCGGGGGCACCACCGCGUCGAAUCCCGGGACGAGGAAUACUACUCGCGCUGCUUCGACGACGACCAGGACGCCCCGGACCAAACGGACGAGGAAGACUCCCACCACCACCAGGAAUUCGCGGAGCAGACAGGGCACGGCAACGAGCAUCCACACCAGCAUCCGCAUCCGCAUCGUUCGCUCGCAGAGGACCUCCAGAACCACUGCCCAAGGAAACCACAAGCACCCACCGUCGCCAACAAGGAUACCGGUGGGGCAUCGUCAGUGCCAUCGUCAGUGCCAUCGUCAGUGCCAUCAUCGGCGCUAGAAGCAAAACCUGAAGCAGAACUUGAAACACCAGCAGCACCACCAGGAGCAGCCUUGCCAUCGGCAGUGCCAGAUCCCCGGCCGCAGUCCCCACCAGGACCGCAACGGCUGGCAACAACAACAGCAACCACAACAGCAACCACAAGACUGGGACAACCCACCCGGACGCACUUGGUGGAACAGCAGCCCUUCUUCGUCCUGGAUUGGAUGCUGGACGAUCUCUUGCCCGCGGUUGGGGACGGCGAAAGCGGUGAGAACGCUCGCAACCUUGUCGCGGAGCUCCUCAAGCAGAAACAACACGGGCCCAGACAUCAGCAGCAGAAAGAGAAGCAGAACCAGAAACUGAAACAGAAACUGAAACAGAAACAGAAGCAACGCAGAGUCCCCGCACCGAGCUACGCCGGUCGGAGGGGAAGGCCCUUUGCAAAUCCAAACGCAACCGCAAUGGAAGACGCAACUCCAAUCGAUGGUAACGACGACAACGACGACGACGACGUCGACACCCCACCGAACCCUCCGGGCCAUCCUCCCUGCGAAACCACCAACGAAGCUGCUUCGCCGGUUCCCCCUCCCCUUUCGGACCUUCCAACGACCCCCAAGUCGAGCAAUCGCAGGGCCUGCCGCAUCCGCCAGCUGGAAUUCGCGGGGCAAACGAAGGACGGGGAAGACGGCUCGAGAAGCGCCGCAGGAGAACACCAGGACCGCUACUGCGAAGGUCCCGUGGUUCCACUCAACCUGGAAGGCCUGCUGCUCGGCGAAUGCAAAUGCGAAUGCGAGGCGCUGUCGAAGGAGCCACCACGGGGUGCUGGGGAUCGCGGGAGCGACCCGGGGGAAAGGAAGACGGACACGGACAGAGACCCCGCAAGAAGGGACGCCGUUUCCGAAAAGGCUUCUUCGCUCUGGAGGAACGGACAUGCAGAGGCAGCACUUCCUCCACCGGUGCUGCUCCCCCGAACGGCGUCGUCGGCUCCUCCGUCGCCCCUGUGGAACACCGGGAACGGCAACAGCUACGGCAAAAGCUACAACCAUCGCAAGACAGCUGCCCCUGGCUCCGGAGAAGCGCAGCAAGGACAACUGCAAAUGCAAAUGCAAAUGCAACCACAACCACAACCACAACCCUACGGAUGCCACACCUCGCCGCCCACCCGAAAGUUCGCCUCGUGCCCGCAGCUCUCGGUGCACGAGGAGCAGCAGCGGCUCCGCCGGAAGGAGCAGGUCGAUAAGCGGAGGGAACGCCGGAACAAGCUCACCAUCGUGCAGCGUUCCCUCACGCUGGCCAAGGGCUGGAACACCAAGGGGCUGGCCCUGGCCCAGAGGGCCACCUCCCUCCCCCCCGAGCAGGGACCGAACCAGAAUCAGAACCAGCAACAGCAACAGAACCACCCCUCGGGCGAAGCGCACGCGAACGCCGGUGCGAUUCCGCAUCCGGGGGAAGGAGCACGCCGAGGGGACGACCGCUCCCUGGCGAUCGGAACCCCCCCUGCUCUGCUGCACGCUUCUGGUGCCACUCCGUGUCGAAGCCGCAACGAGGCCUCGGGCAACGACCACCAACAGCCGCAGCAGCACCAGCAACAUCAACAUCAACAGCUGUGGGAAUCCGCCCUGGGCUGCUGGGACAAUGCCCUCGAGGUGUACCGGUCCCUCCUCGGAGACUCCCACGAGAAGGUCGCCGACGUACAGAACAACCGGGGGAUCGCCCUCGGCAAGCUCAAGCGGUUCGGCGAGGCAAACCUGGCCCUGGAAAUGGCACUCGCGUCCCGGACCAAGCAACAGAAGCACUGCCGCUCGCAGCUCGAGGCGCUCCAGCAACAACAACAACAACAACAACAACAGCUGCUGCUGCUGCCCCGGCGACAGGCAUCGUUGUCCGGCAAAACGAAUCCGGAUUCGAUUCAAAACCCGACCGAAGGUGCCCUCGGUGCCGCCGCCGAACGCUCGGCGUCCGCGACCGCGGCGAUUGUGUCCACUCUCCACAACCACGCCAACGUCCACCGGGACGCAUCGGAGCCGGUCCGGGCACUCGAGGCCCUGGCAAAGGCAAAGGCACUCCUCCGGAUGGAAGACGAGCGGGAGGCCUCCCUAUGGGGACCGGGUACCACCAGCGUCCGCCACUGCGAAAGAGAUGGCGAAGGCAACGCCCCCGGUCCCCCCCUUCGCAAGGACGAAUUCCACCGACGCUACCGUCUACGUUGCUGCCACCGGUGGCACCAAUCGGCACGCCUGAGCACAACGAUCGGCCACGUCUACUACGAAUCGGAAUCCUGGAGGGACGCGGGGGAUGCCUACAGGGACGCCCUCUCCGUCUACGACCAACUCUCGGAAGCCCUGGCGGUCUCGGUUUCGCUGGAAGUGCAGUGCCCUGGCUACUGCGAGGGCCCGGUCGACUCCGAUGGGCACGGUGGGGUCCACCGGGCAGAGCAGCAACAGCGCAUGUUGGUUCUGCAGCAGCAGCGCCAAUCGAUUCGGAUGGAGGUCUCCAUGCUGGAGGACGACCUCUGCGACCUCGAUCGCCGCCAACAAGCGGGGGAAGGGAGCCGCACCCUUGUGCUCCAAUCGCGGCAAAAGGAGCACCGGCCAAAGCAAGAACAACAACAACAGCAGCAGCAGCAUCGAGCGCUGCUGCUGGGCUUUGUGAGCCACCUCCGCGCCUGAGAACGAGCGGGCGUGUCUGGCUCUGCAACAAACUAAUUGCAUUCCGGGAAAUCGUUGACCCGCCGUCUCGCCGACGCUCCCCGCGUGCGUUGGGUAGGGGAAGAAUUCCAUCGAGUCGCACCGGAGAACAACACAACACAACACAACUCAAUACAGUAUAGAACCAUUGCAACGACAUGGAAUUUAUGGGGAACGAAGAACACAACGCACAACGCACAACACACAGACGCAUAAAUUACAUAUAUAAUU